UUCAUCGCUCGUUUACUUCUUCAACUUGCUUAUUAUUACUACUAUUAUAUUCUACGCCAUGAACUAUUCAAACCAAAGAGAAGAAAAAAAAGAGAUAUCUUUUGCUUUUUUUAUUUUUUUCCUCCUUUCAAUGAUGUGUGUAUACGCCUUCACCUCUAAGUUUUGACCAAAGUGUCGUCAUCAUCAAAUCUCUGCUCUCUAGAGAACACGUUUCAAACCGGAGAUUCACUGUUCGUCUCUCGACUCCGUGAUGAAUUAUUAUCAAUGGUUGGUCCUGGUUGCUUACAGAACUUUUUUAUGAUGAGCUCUUCAUCUUCUACUAAUACACAAGCUGUACCAUUUAGAGACAUGGGGAUGUACGAACCGUUCCAACAGUUGUCUGGUUGGGAAAACACUUUCAACACUAUAACUAGUAACAACGACAACAACAAUCAGACUUCUUCCACAGUCCAUGAGGUGGAUGCUGCUGCUAGAACAGAAGCAGAUGUUAACAAUAAGGGGAACUAUACCUCUUUGUAUAAUAACUCUAUUGAAGCAGAACCUUCUAGUAACAAUGAUCAGGACGAAGUUCAUAUCGAUGAUAAGACGAAACGGAGAUUAGCUCAGAACAGAGAGGCUGCUCGCAAAAGUCGUUUGAGAAAGAAAGCACAUGUCCAACAGUUAGAAGAAAGCAGGCUAAAGCUAUCACAGCUCGAGCAGGAACUCGUGAGAGCUAGGCAGCAGGGACUAUGCGUACGCAACCCCUCAGAUGAUGCUACUUAUCUUGGACCAGCAGGGACCGUGAACACAGGGAUCGCCGCGUUCGAGAUGGAAUACAAACACUGGCUGGAAGAACAGAGUAAGAGAGUGGGCGAGAUUCGAACGGCGCUCGGAGCGCAUAUAAGCGACGUCGAGCUCAAAAUGCUCGUCGACGUUUGCUUGAACCACUACGCGAGUCUCUUCCGCAUGAAAGCUGAUGCAGCCAAGGCCGACGUGUUCUUCUUGAUAUCCGGAAUGUGGAGAACUUCGACCGAACGUUUCUUCCAGUGGAUUGGAGGUUUCCGACCAUCCGAGCUGUUGAAUGUUGUGAUGCCGUACAUCGAGCCUUUAACAGAUCAGCAGCUCUUGGAGGUGAGAAACCUCCAGCAGUCGUCUCAGCAAGCAGAGGAGGCGCUCUCUCAAGGCUUGGAUAAGCUUCAGCAAGGUUUGGUCGAGAACGUAGGGGUUGUUGAGUCUGUGAAUCAAGGAGCUCAGAUGGCUUCAGCCAUGGAGAGCUUUCAGUCGUUGGAGGGUUUUGUGAACCAGGCGGAUCAUCUGAGGAAGCAGAGUCUGCAGCAGAUGAGUAAGAUUCUGACGACAAGACAAGCUGCUAGAGGCUUGCUUGCUUUAGGAGAGUACUUCCACAGGCUUCGUGCUUUAAGUUCUCUUUGGGCAGCUCGUCCACGAGAAGGCAGUUAAACUAAGUUUAGGAAGCAAAAUAAAGAAGAGUCAACCUCAAAAUGGUUUUAGCUAGGCAUGUAUGGAGAUGUAGAGUGAUUGAUUCUCUCCAUUAGAACAUCAUCGUCCUCAUUGAUGUUUUUGUUUUUUCUUGAGAUAAAUGAAUAAAAGGUGUAUAUUUGAACGUAAACAUUUGUAAAAGAAGGCUCUUCAUAUGUAAGUUAAACUUGUGGA